AUGCUCACACGGCGUACUUCAAUAACCGAUAUGCUCGCACGGCGUCGUACUUCAAUAACCGAGGCAUUCAACCGUUACAAAGGAUUCACGACAAGUGGAGCGCCCCGAACACGGAAAGAGUCAGCAGAUUCCGAGAAACUGUCCUCAUCUUCGCCAUCGAGCGCUCCUCAACAACGCCAGCGAAAAAUUUCACUCUCUGAUGUGAUCCAUCGACGCGCGUCGCUCUCUGAAGCUUUCAAACAUCUGGAGUUCACUCUUUUUCAGAUCCAUUUCACGGACUGGUAUGUGCUCGAUCACCUGAAUCGUAAUGCAUCCUGCUGGGUCAGUCCUAUCGACAAAUCGGAUCAGCCUUAUGGCUUUUUUGGAUUCUGGUUGACUUCAGUUGCUCAGUUCUUCUCCACUGAUCUUUCACGACUUGAUUAA